AUGGCUAGAUUUGACGAAAAAUAUACUCACGGAGAAAUAUCACCAAAUAAUAAUGGACACAAAAUAAAUGGAACAUUUCAAUAUACCAGUGUAAAACAUAUUUUCGUAAACACUUGCGCUUGCGUUUCUUCUAACGGAACAAAUAACAGUAAUCCAGUUGAUAGGACUGAUGGAAAUCGUAAUGAUUUAGAAUCUUCAAAUAUACGUGCAAAUAAUGGAAAAUCCAAUGAUUCUUCUAUCAGUAAUCCAGAAAAUAAAAUUCCCGAUAACUUUUUUGGUAUACCCAAUUUAAUGUCGGACUUUACGAAUAACAAUACUGAUUCAAACAAAGUUGGCAUAAUAGGAAAUAUCAAUGAAAUGAAUAUCGAUCAAGGUAAUCAGAUUAAAUCAAACAUUGAACAAUCGCAAGAAAACGAUAUUAAUCAAAUACCAUUUGGGACUGAAAAUUCAAAUGAGAUUAAUAAUCAAUUUUCAAACUCGUCUUCUAUUACUAAUAACUCUUCUAUAAAUGAGUUUUCUUCUAUGAAUGAUAUUAACAGAGUCUCCGACAGUGGUUCUAAAGUAAAUAAUGAAAUAAAUUUAGGAAAAGAAAUUGAAAAUGAUAUUGAUCAAAUGUUAGUUUUGAAUGAAAAUAAUGAUUUCCCGAAUACAAAUUUGAUGAAUUCUACAUUAUCAAUAGAUAAAAAUUAUUCAACUAGCAUUAAUCCAGAAAUAGGAACGAUAUAUUCUGAUAAUAAUACCACUGAACAGAGUCUAGGAAAUCAAAUUGAAAAUGAUAUUGAUGAAAUGCUUUCUAUGAAUACGACAAAUAAUUUUCCAAACACAAUGAAUUUUAUAACUUCAGCUGAUGAAGUUAUGAAUAACGAAAAUAGGUCCCUUGAAUCUUCAGAAAAUAUUCCAAAAGACAAUAUGUUGCCUGAUUCCAUGCAACAAAGUAUUUCAGAUACGACUUUUAAUACCAAUGAAGAUAUACUGCAAUCUCCAGGAAAUGUUCCAUUAGACAAUACGAUGCCUGAUUCCAUGCAAGAAAGUGUUUCAGAUACGACUCUGAAUACCAAUGAGAAUAUACCACAAUCUUCAGGAAAUAUUUCAGAAGACAAUAUGGUACCUAGCUCUAUGCAAGGCAAUAUUUCAUAUAACUCUCUGAAUGUCGGUGGUCAGGCUAAUAAAAAUGUGCCUCAAUCAUCAGUAAAUGUCCCACAAGACAAUAUGAUGCCAAAUUCUUUACAAGGAAAUGUUCCAGUUAUACCCUCGAACACUGUUAGUCAGACUAAUGAAAAUAUACAGCAACCGUCAGGAAAUUUUUCACAAGAUAAUGACAUGACACUAAUAUCUAGGCAAGAAAAUGUUUCAGAUUCAAAUCCGAAUAUCGAUAAUGGACUGGUUUCUCCGAAUUCAGGAAGUAUGCCACAGAUUAAUUUAGCACAAAAUCCCAUGCAAGUGCAAGACAAUGUGACACAUACCGCUAUGGACGACAGCAUUUUAGAUAUACCUAUGAAUACCAAUAGCCAAGAUAAUAAAGACAUUUCCCAAUCUUCAGAAAAUGUUUCACGAGACAAUAUGAAGCUAAAAUCAAUGCUGGGAACUGUUGCAAGCAUUCCAAAUAUUGAUGGUCAGGCUAAUAAAGUUGUACCCCAAUCUUCGAUAAAUGUUCCUCAAGAUAGUAAGAUGCAAGAAAAUGUUCCAAAUAUUGAUAGAGGAAUUUCUCAAACUUCAGGAAAUGCUCAAGAGGAUAAUGUUACACCUAACUUUAUGCAAGGAAACGUUCCGAAUGUAUCUCCAAAUAUCGAUAACCCAAAAAAUGGAAUCGUAUCUGCAACAUCAGGAAGCAUAUCACAGACUAAUACAGCAUAUAAUCCCAUCCAAGAAAAUUUCACCAACGUACCUCCAAAUGAAGAUUUAUCUAUGCCGUCGCAAGACGUACAACAAAACAACAUGGUUGAAAAUAAACCUCUGAAUAGUAGUAGUCUGAUUAACACUAAUUUACCUCAACCAUCAGAAACUACUCCGCAAGACAAUAAAUCACCGAAUACUACGCAAGGAAAUUUCCCCAAUAUAUCUCCAAAUAUUAGUAAUCAAAAAAAUAGACGUAUCUCUCCUUCUUCAGAAAUGUCACAAAAUAAUAUUCCUUCGAAUUCUAUGACAGAUAUUGCAUCAGAUGUAACUCGAAUAAAUAAUGAUGAGAGAAAAGAUAAUAGUUUGCCUCAAAAUAGUUUACAAAACAAUUUUAGUUCUAUUUUUAUCCCAGCUGUAUCUUCUAAUACUGAGAAUACUAGUAAUAUACCAUCUCAAAAUUUUCCCGCAAACGGUAUCAAUAUUUCUCAAGAAAAUACACCUUUACAAAAAAACAGCACAUCACCAACUCGAAUGGGUACAAAUCCUUAUGCAAACAUGGGAGGUAGUUUUAUAAAUACUAACCAAAAUAAUUUGCAAAAUUAUAAUAAUCAAGCCUCAGAUAACACCACAUGGAGCUCGAAUAAUAUCCAAACUAAUUUAGGUCAAAAUUUUAUGUCUAAUAUAGGAUUAAAUAAUAACAUUGAACAAACCAACUCAACAAGCGUUAAUUUAGACCGUACAGAGCAAAAUAUUCCUAAUAGUUUGGAAAGUGAUAACAUUUCACAAAUUCUGAAUAAUAAUGUUGACACCCAAAAUAGUCUAAAUUUAAAUAAACAACUUGAAAUAAGCUCUACUGGAUCAAAUAAUUUAAGUAAUUUACAAUUACCAACUAAUAGUCAAAAUCUAUCAAAUAAAAAAUUUCUUGUGAAACAAUCAGAAUUUCAAAAUUCAGAAAACGUUAUUAAUUCUCCCAAAAUUGAAAAUUCUGAAGGUGGUAAUAGAAGAGAAAUUAAUAUUAAUUUAGGUUUUGGAUUAACUAAGCAUAGUAAUAUUCAAUCCAAUAAUGGUAAUAAUUUAAAUAAUGGACAAAUAAACUUUGGUGGUAAACUAAAAGGGAAGUUUGAAAUCGAUGAAGAUAUUUAUAGAAAUGAUAAUAAUGUUCAAGAAGGGAUAAACAUUCUAGCUAAUGUCAAUAUUAAAAAGAGAGGCCGUGCUUCUUAA